UUCGAGUUCAUGAAUGUCUAAUACGUGGUUUCUGGAAAAAUUACUAGUGUGCGGAUACGCAAUUUGUAAUAAAUUGGAAAUUAAUGGGAAAUUUCACCGGUCUUUCAAUAGAAAGUUUGUGAGAUAUGGGAUAAUGCGGUCGGCGGGGACGGAUGGUGUCGGCUCUUCUUCGAGCAGCGAAGGGGCAUGGCCUAGAGUAGGAGGCCGACAUCCUCGGCCAAGCGAAUCUCUCACGUCUAGCACCAUCGACACUGCAACUUCAACAUCACGUCCGUCUUUAACUUCUUCCAUUUCAAGAUUUCGAUCAGACUUCGAGCAGUUGAAAUGCAAGGCCCGAAUCUUCGGUGAGUCUAUGAAUUUGUGUCGAUGCAUCGCUGAUGACUAUAACAAACGACUUGGGUUUAUGGAGAAGCGACUAAUUAACUUAGAACAGAGACAAAGGCUUACGGGUGAGAGCAACUACUCAGCCAUCAUACAGAAGAACCAGAAGCUAUCACACAAGACUAAGCAAGACGUUAAGAAACUACAGAUGUGCGGAAGCGAGGAAGAAAUGCGUGAAGUGGCUGGAAGGAUCUGUCGGAACUACCUCCACGGCGCCUGGAAGACUGUAGACCCCAGAGACCUAGACUUUAAAAGGAUUAGCGGAGGCCUGUCCAACUUCUUGUAUUACGUCGCUUUGCCGGAGUCGCGGGCUUCGUAUCGCGAUGCGCCACAGGACCGCAUCAAGACGCUCAGCGAACACUCUUUUUCUCUAGACGAGCCCAAAAAGGUGUUGCUGCGUAUUUACGGCCAGGUGCACGGCGAGCGGGCGAUGGAUGCGAUCGUAACCGAAUCUGUGAUAUUCACGUUGUUGUCCGAGCGGCGUCUCGGGCCCAAACUGCACGGGGUGUUCUCUGGGGGACGCAUCGAGGCAUACAUUCCGGCGCGAUCCCUCCUCACCAAAGAGCUAUCAGAGCCAGCCCUAUCCAUGAAGAUAGCCGAGAAGAUGGCGGCCAUACACUGCAUGGAGGUCCCGCUGUCUAAGGAACCCAACUGGCUGUGGAAGACCAUGUCUAAGUGGCUGCGGACCGCUAGAGAAGAACGGUUCACGGUGCACGAUCUGAAAGGCGAGGAACGCAAAAUAAUGGAGCGUCUCCGCUCGGUCGAGUGGGACGCGGAGAUCGAGUGGGUCCGGAAGCUGACCAACACCGUCAACUCUCCCGUCGUCUUCUGCCACAACGACAUGCAAGAGGGAAACGUGCUCCUGGUCGAAGAGGAGACGAGCGCGGAAGAAGAGGAAGGCGUGCUGGUGCAGACCUAUCCCCUGGAAGAUUCGAGCGACUCGGUGUCCUCGAGCCUGUCGGACCUCGGCGAGCCGCGGCUGAUGCUGAUCGACUUCGAGUACUGCGCCUACAACCAUCGCGCGUUCGACAUCGCCAACCACUUCCAGGAGUGGAGCUACGACUACAGCAACUCCCAGCAUCCCUUCUACUUCGAGUACCUGGACCAGGAACCCACGCUCGAGCAGAAGGAGAUCUUCAUAAAGGAGUACCUGAAGGCCUACCGCAGCGGCUGGGCGCGGGCCGGCGGGGGCCCGGAGGCGGAGGCGCCGUCCGUGGCCGACGUCAACCAGCUGCUGGGCGAGGUGGACGCCUUCCAGCCCGUGAGCGACCUCUUCUGGAGUCUCUGGUCGAUCGUCAACGCCUCCAAGAGCCAGAUACCGUUCGGGUACUGGGAGUUCGCGCUGUCUCGUCUGGAGACCUACCUGCGGUUGAAGCGGGAGCUGAUCAAAAAGGAGAAGUGCGGUCUCCCUCACAAGAGGAAAAUCUGCGAAGUGGACAUAUGAACCGGCGCCGGACACACCUGACACGCAGUCGUGUCCACCUGAAGGUUCUCAGCGAGACGUUCUUUUAACCAUAUUAUUAGUUAGCGAGAGACACCCCUCCGCCGCCAGGUUCUUUUUUAAUCUUACGACUGGUCUUUUUAAUCCCGAAUAGAACUGCACAAAUAAAUAUAAUAUUUCCGGGUUAGAAACUGAAAUUCGAUGAAACGUUCAUUUUCAAUCACAUUUGCUACUGAAUAUGUUCGUCGUGAAUAUUUAAGUCCCAAAAAAUAAAAAUGAAAGAACUUAAAAUUGACCGAGACCUCGCCCUUAGAUGUAAAUAUUGUAGAUGUUUUGUUGUCGUGUACAUAUUUCGAAUCGGACGUUAUUCGUAGAAGCCGACUCGAUCUUCGAUAUUCUAUUUAUUACACGGUCUCGACUAAAGUGAGCUUUCGUCUCUUUCUGCGCAAUUGCGUUCUAGCUUAGGAGAAGAGCCAGUCGUUGGGAACCGGUCAGAAACAAUCGUAAAAAGACUGAUUGAGACGGUAACUUUCUUUUCUCUGGUUCAUUAGCUCGUCGACGUAAAAAUAAAUGUAAAUUCCUCGUCGAACAAAUAAACUGAAAUAAGAUUUGGUAUAAGUUGUAAAUAAAUUAUUCCUUAGGCUUCGUCCCUCGCUCGGUGCGUGUCGGGCGAUACGAAAUUGUGUAAAUCGAUUAAUUUAUUAAACGUUUUCAAAACGUCAAUCGUCACCGCUAGAUGUCGCCUUUUCAAAUCGGAGAACACUAGUAGAGAAACAGAUUUUACACUAUGAAGCCUUACAAUUAUUAAACGAAGUAUUGGAUUGUAUAUUCUAUACAUAUAUACAUAGGAGUUGGAGGAGUAGGAGGCGAAAGGGAUGUGACUGAUGUGCGAGCGGACCUCGGGCCGCGCAGUUUGGGUCCAAAGCGUCGCAGUUCGCCAACUCGAAUAUGUGACGCACUGAACUGACAUAAUAUGGCUACUAACAGGCAUUCGAUGUGACACGGACGCGUAUAGGGCUUCGGCACGUUUGCUGACUUUGUACAGUGCUUCAGAGCAGCUAUGUCGUUGCUCAACGACACGCCGUCCCGAGUUUAAAGUCAGUUCUCUGUCUGGCUGAUCCUUUUCGAUAUUUCAGGUAAUAGUCGAGCUGAAUCUGUUCAUAAAUUAUGCCGAGUCAUUGACGCUGUUAAAAUUAAGUAUUAUCCAGUAUGAUAAAUGUAAUAUCCCGCUUGAGCGUAUUUGCUUUUUCUUCGUAUAUUCGUUUACAUAAAGCGAGUGACGGAUGUACCCGAAGAGAACGUUAGUCGAAGCGAAUAGGUAAUACGUUAUAACCUCUCGCUCUGCAUACCCAAGCAAUACUAAUAAGCACACACGACUAGACGAUAUUUUGAGUACUUAUAUUAUACAAUUAUUUUUAUUGUUUAAUUUAUUAAAUUAAAUGUGUAAUACGAAUGAUAAUUGUGAUGUUGUAAAUAACCGUAAUUUUUAGCGACGUCAUUCAUCGGUACUCAAUUCUAAAUUUCGAAAUAUAUACUCCGGUGCCUAUAAGUAAAUAGGCCACUCGCCGAACAGAACUUUAUUCGUCCUCGUUUAUCUAGGUGUUGUAUGUUCAAAAUUAAAAAAUAAUCCUGACGCACAGUCCAAAAAGCUAACAUGAAAUAAUAUCUAUAUAUAUUAACAAAAAUAGCUUUUGUCAUUUCAAGGUUUUCUGUGAUUUCGAUUUUAUUUAAUUAUAUUAAUAUGUUAUGUUCUGAUAUAUUGUGACGGUACAAAGUGAGAAUGUAAACAAUGUGUACUACUAUUGUGAUGUAUGAAGGACAUUUUGUAUUUAGUGCUGGAUUUUAAUAAAAUGUUUUAAAUAUU